AUGGUCCACGUCGCCUUCUAUCGCAACUAUGGCAAGACCUUUAAGAGGCCUCGUCGUCCGUUCGAGAAGGAACGGCUCGACGCGGAGCUGAAGCUGCUCGGAGAGUAUGGUCUGCGUUGCAAGCGUGAGCUGUGGCGCGUGCAGUACGUUCUCUCGCGUAUUCGUAAGAACGCUCGCGAGCUGCUCACGCUCGACGAGAAGAGCACUCGUCGCAUCUUCGAGGGCGAGGCUCUGCUGCGCCGCAUGCACCGCUACGGUCUGCUGGAGGAGAGCCAGAACAAGCUCGAUUACGUGCUCGCCCUGACUGUCGAGAACUUCCUGGAGCGUCGCCUUCAGACCCUCGUCUUCAAGACCGGCCUCGCCAAGUCCAUCCAUCACGCUCGUGUCCUCAUCCGCCAGCGCCACAUCCGGGUGGGGAAGCAGAUUGUGAACAUUCCGUCCUUCCUCGUGCGACUUGAGAGCCAGAAGCACAUCGAUUUCGCUCUGACCAGCCCGUUCGGCGGUGGCAGGCCAGGCCGUGUGAAGCGCAGAAACCUCAAGGCUGCCUCCAAGAAGGGCGGAGAUGAUGGCGACGAGGAUGAGGAAGAUUAA